UUAUUGCCAAUUUUUUAUUUUUAAUAACUGAGGCAUGGUUUCCUUGAUGAAAUAUGGAUGAAACAAGUGAUAAUUGGAAUAGAUUUUGAUGAAACUUGAAACAGAAUUAUACGCUAUUCGUUAUAUAAUCCUUUUUUAGGCAAAGAAUGGCUGGUGCAAGAACAGCAGGAUGCGUGAAAAGUCUUCGGGAUGCAAGAGUCUGCAGCCUCAGGCAAGCCACAACGUGAGGGCCAUGACAGAGAUGUGCUCGCGAGAGCCUUCCACGGCGGUGCUCCAGCAGCUGGGUAAGCAGCAGCAUCAAUCCAAUGGCAAAGGACCUGUUUCGCCUCAGCCUCAGCUUCAGCAGCAGAGGCCCAAUAGCAGUAGCAGCAGCACCACCACCGAGGAACAUGAGCUUGCUGCUCCUGCAAGUUUGCCCAACAACAGCAAUCACACUACUCCAGGGGGUAGACUCAAGUUCUUUAAGGAUGGCAAGUUUAUCCUUGAGUUGUCGCAUCGUAGAGACGGCGAGAGAACCACCUGGUUUCCUGUGCCCAAGAAAACCUUUUGGCCGCCAGCCAGUGUCACACCUAGCCGACAGGAGAGUUCGGCCUCUCUCAGUGUGUCAGACGAUAACUCGUCGAUCCAGUCGAGUCCAUGGCAGCGCGACCAUUGUUGGAAGCAGAGCCAUCCCAGGCGUAACAUAUCGACUAAGUUUAACUUUUAUUACCGACGUAAUCCUAAAACACGACUGUGCCUUCAUCCGAGACUGAUAGCCCGCAAAAGAAGGCAGCCACUGGAUCCAAAUUCGUCUCUAGCGCAGCUUCAAGAUUCGCUUGCCAAUCAUCAGAAACCACAAUCUCAACUUCAGCAACAAGUUUUAACCGCAACAGGGAUUCGCAAGCUCAAUGGUGUCCCGGCCAAUAAGAGCAUCAACAUCAUUAUUGAUAAGCUCGCGCGGCUUUUGGAUCCAAAUGUUGUCUCACCACGAAAGCGUAUACUGCGCGAGCUUGAGCGAGUUACGCUUGAGGAUCAAGCAUCUAAAAGAAGGGCAACACCACCUCACACCACAAACACCACUGUGCAUAUAAACGAAAGUCCAGCUCCAGUGUCAAAGCAGCUAUCUUCGUACAGCAUAACGAGUAUCCUAGGCGAGGACAAGCCGAGUGGUCCGGAGAGUGAGCCGGGUUUUCUGCGCAACCUAUUGAAGCCCCAGGAGCGUCAUCAUCAUUCGUCCCCUCAACACCAAGUGCACUCGCCUCAACACCAAGUUCACUCGCCACAGCACCAGCUGUCGCCGUCGGCGCAGCCGAUCUACCCGCGCUCUAGUCGAAUGGAUCCGGGUAUGGCAGCUGCUGCUGCCGCGGCAGCGGCUUACUUGAGCCCCAAUGCUGCUGCAUCCUCGAUUCAUCAACCGCCGUUGUAUGGUAUGCCGAUGAUGCCACCGGCGGCUGCUUAUCGGGCGCCUCCUUUUUGCUGGAUGCACUAUUCGCAACCGGUUCAUUACCCGCCUAUGCCCCUCUACCCGGCGCCUCCACAGCCUUCUCAUCACACUCCCUCGCCUUCGCCACCUGCACAUCACUACAAGGAUUACAGAGAGCAGACUCUCACUCCUCCUUCAGAUAUGCCUCUGAAUCUGUCCAAGCACGCGGGUUGAAUCUCAAGAGCCCAAAAGUUGGUGCCUUACAAAUGGACGUUUUGAAAAUGAAUAAGCAAACUUUGAAUAAUCCAUGCCCACGAACACUGCCCGUGCAACGACGAAACGUUAUGAAUACUUUAGCAAUGUCCAUCCCUGAUACAAACUAAGCAGUAUGUAUGUAGUAGAUAGAAACUCGAGUAGUGACGACAAUAUACCGCUGUUUUUUGGUGUUCAUAUUCUCGUACCAUUCGUCACCGCAUUGUUCUGCUUAAAUGACAAUAUUUUUUCUAGAAUGUUUUACUCUCUCAAGACUGGCUGUGUUAGAAAAACAUAAAGCUAGUUAAUGAUUUUAAACAAAUUCAAUAUUACGUUGUUCUUUGCCAUUGAAGGUAAUGACUUUGCCCAGCAUUUUGACUAUUAUGAGAGUAAAAAAAAGACGUUUAAUUUUGAGUGACUUUAACAUAAAAUGAGAGGACAAUAUUAUUUUCUAUUGCAUACCAUUUGGUAACAUUUAUGCGGUAGGUAAAUUUCCCUUUCAUUUUGAAUACAAAUUGUGAAGAUUACCAGCCAAUUACGAAGUUUAAGGUUUCUAUAUCGUUUAUAUUCAAGCAAAUAUGUGAAAUGAAUGCUCAUUGCGCAGAUUUAUUAACAACUUUUCAGUUUUCCAUAUCAGUUAUCAAAGUAUAUUGUAUGUAGGGUUGUUCAUAAUAUAUCUGAUAUUAUAAUUAUUAAAAAACCUUCAAAAAGACAAAUUAGAAAGGAAUUUCACUUUUACAAUAAUGUUCUAGUUUUUGAAUUAUGGAUGUAAAGUUUUAAUGAUUUAUAUUAAAGUACUACAUUUGUAAGAUUUCAGUAUUUCCAUACCUUUAAACAUUAGCUGUAACAUUAACAUAUAUGGUAUUAUUUAUUGUGAAAUUUGUAGAAUUUUCACACAAAUUAUUGAAAAUUUUUAUUUUUGAAUAAUACAAUAUUUAAAUAACAAAAAAUCGAAAUAUAUUACGUCUUUGUAUAUUCCACGUAAAACUAAUAAAUAAAGUUACAAUAAAAAAUUAUAGAUUUCAAUGUUAUAGCAUAAAUUUGGCAGUAUUUUUAAUUAUUAUUGAAGAUAUACAUGCAAGUAUAUUUUUAUAAAGAGUAUGGAUACAACAUGAAAUUUUGAUAAUUUACAAUGAACAUCUUUAAUGCCGAUUUAAAAACAACAAUUCUAUAUCGUUUCGUAAAAAUGUAAAAAUGUGGCGAGUACAAAUAAACAAAAGAACUAAAAUGCCGUCAAAUUUUUAUCUAAAUUUAAUAUUUGUUUUGUGGAUAUUUUUAUAAGAAAAUUUCUAAACAUUUGAAUGUCAGCUAAAGUUCAAGUUUAUAGUUAUUAUACUUUAAUUGAAAAUAUAUAAUGCGAAAAUACUCUUUUAAGUCGAUGUUGAAAUAUUCAAAAGUAAAUUAUCAAUGUAAUUUUUGUUCUCUCUAAAAUGCUAAAACUAGAAACAGAUAACGAUUUAGAUUCACUUUAUCAAGCUAAACAACCAAGUUCUUGGAGAACUAUAAAACAACUGUAAUAUUGAAAGACAAUAACUGUGUUAUAGUUGUAUUUCUAAACAAUAUACAUAUUUAUUCUAAAAACAUAUCAAACUAUUUUGAUAAAUGAAGACUUGAGUAUUGUGACUUUGUGAAUCGCAUUGUCACAAGUUCCAUUCCUGUAGACAUUCGCAACAUGAUUAAGGGCAGGUCGUUUAAGCAGAACAUUUAAAAAUGCAUGUGGCGACUGUGCGAGAUUUGUCGCCGGAAUGAGAAACGGUUUGGUUAAUUAAACUUGUAUAUAUAAAAAUAUUUCAUGACUUUCCUUUUCACAGUCGUUGUCAAGUUCCUAAAUAUACUAUGUAUUUUUCAUAAGGUAAACGAACGUUUUUCAAAAUCGAAAAUUAGAAUUGACAACGGCGUAGCGUAGCUGAAUAGGCUGCAGAAGUAUUAAGCAGAAUACUGGAAAGUCAAUUUGCAAUACGUACGUGUAUUAUAAAAUUUCGGCGCAAAAUUUAUAGCUCGUUGUGAUUGACGAGACUUUUAAAAAGAGUCAACUGUCCUUCCAUUCCUUCCAUUCCUUUAUUAUAUAUAAUACUUCAUUCUUUAUUGAUUUUUACCUCCUCAGUAACUUUGCGUGUUUAUUCUUCCUCUCUUUCUUGCGAGGCAAGAGUGUUUCUUGUUCUUGUUAUAGCUGCACUCAAAUUCUCAACUGCUCGCUAGCUAUGAGUAUUGCUUAUUGAGAAGAUUGUUCAUCAAGUGCAGAUAAACCCACCAUGUUUUGCUUACAUUUAUUUUGUUAUCGACUUUCAUUAACGAUGUAUUUUUCCAUUAUUACAACCAUUAUUAUAAAAAGUACCACUAUCCUCUAUAUUUUAAGAGCAAACAUAUGAAAUAUAUAUAUAAGGAAUAUGUACAGACAAAGAUAUUACCUAAAGGAAUCGACAUUUAUGAAUAUUAGUGUCAUUGUUUUCUUUUUUAUUUAGAAAGUAUAACGUUCUUUCUAUAUAAAGUGCACGUAAAAUACUUUGGACCAUCAGCUCUCUUUGUGCCUCAAUUUUCUUAAAAUUGUAGUAGACUCGACUGGGCCUAUUUGGAAAAUUUUAAAAAUGUAUGUAUAAAAAUAUUUUAUUAUUUAUAUUUGUAAUAUCACUGAAAAACAAAAGGAUAAUAAACUUGGAACAUAGUGCGUGCCUUAGUUUUCUUGAUGAAACAAAAAUAAAUAAAGAGAGGGUAUAGCGAUGGAACGUACAAAAGUAAUAAAAUAUAUGAGCAAAUGUACCACCUGUGAGUAUAAUGGCAGAUUUGAUCAAUUAAAGAAAAAAAAAGAAUCGUGUGAUGUAAAUUAUUAUUAGAUAAAUUGGCAUUAUAUGAUGUAAAAUAAUAUUAAUACACGAUGAUUAUUGAGAACAAGUGAGUAGCACGUACUUUUGAAUGAAAAUAGUAUUAUUUUUAUUUAUUUUGUUGUCAGGUCAACCGAAAAAUGUAUGUUUAUUUACUUUUUUCAUUCUAUUAAAAUGCUAAAGGUUAUUUUAAAAAAAUUUACGGAACGUGCGAAAUGACUAAUUAACUGAAGCUGAUCCAAUUUACGUAUGUAAAUAUAUAUACAUUGUAUACUCAAUUGUUAAAGAACAGGAGAGUGUGUAUUUGUUAUUUUUGAAAAAAAUGAAAAUGGACAAUGCGCGACAACAAUCUAGAGAGACUGAAAAGAUGAGAGAAUGUUGAAUGAAUUGAGAUUUUGUGCAAAUGAGACUUUCUUUUCCAAUCUAUUUAUUUUGUAAAAACAAGGAAAAACGCAUUUUCACUAAUGCAAAUAUAUUUCUCCUAAUACGGUAUAUCUUUCCUUAUAUAUUGUAUUGUUUUGCACGAGAAAGGCGAGACUUGUUCAAGUUUCUUUUUAAAUCGAUGGCAAGCGAUAAAACUAUUGAUUUUCCUUUCAUUUAUCCAUCCAUCAUUUAUUGUAUUAUCUUUUGCUAUUAUGUACGCGUGUCGACUGUUCAGAUUAUUUUUAUUAAAUAUAUUAUUAAAGAAAGAGAAGAAGAGUAAAGUUGAAAGGCGAUACGAAUGAAAGACGUUGUAUAGAAAGACUAAUUUCAUAAAUAUAAA